AUGGCAAACCUCGAACUAACUUUAGCUGUAGAGGAAGAAGAAGAAGAAGAUGAAGAAACUUCACUUGUGCAGGACUCGGAUGAAGAGAAUGUUACUGCCAGUCGACCCAUUGUUCCUCUACAUUCCUAUCAUCAAUCAGGAUAUCAGUGCAUCGACAUGGACAAAGCAUUGUAUAAGACAGCUUUUGCUCUGAGAGCAGUCGCAGAUUUCUCUUACUUCGUCGACUUACUUGUUCGACUUAUAAUAUCAAAGACCAUUUGGCAGUCAUGCAUCCUAAUUGACAUUUUAGCUAUUCUUCCACUUCCACAGGGCUGGAGAUUUUUGAACAUAGCGAUGCUUAUUAAUUCUCUUGUUAUGGUGCAAUAUGUGCCACGGAUUCUUCGAAUCUACUUCGCAUGUAAGGAACUUAAAGAGAGUUUCAAUGAACGUAUUGGACUGUGGAUUAAAAGUGUACUCAAUUUCCUUCUGUACAUCCUUGCUAGUCAUGUACUCGGAGCUUUUUGGUACUUUUUUGCUAUUCAAAGAAUGAAGACUUGCUGGCAACUUGCAUGUCAACUGAAAUUGGAUGUGAACCUCGUAGUUUUGUUUGCGAUGGCCAGUUCAGAAAUGUCACAUUUCUAA